ACGUUCGCAAUCGGACCAAAUCAUUUGCGCCAGUGACGUCGACCGCGAAUAAACAUAACAUAAACCUGAGCUUUAUUGUCGUUAUUGUAAUUUAAAUAACGCAUAUAAUAUCAACGCAGACGGCCGCACAUCCAUUUCGGCGGUCAAGUGCAACCUCUGUUUUUUUUUAUUUAUUUCAACCGCCCUUUUCGAAUAUCGUAAUAACCUUUGCGUUAUCGCUGUUUUGUACGACGUCCGACGACCCGCUGCUCAAUAGUCAUGUACAUGCAAAAGGAAUCAUUGGCUGUGUUGGUAUUGGCCGCCUUUGCCUGCGCCCAAUAUGGUGCUCCGUCUGGCAAUCCAGGAUACGGAGGUGUUGGAGCUAGCCCUUCUAACGACUACGGACAAAAGGCCCCCGGUCCAGCUGGUGGAGCUGGAGCUGAUGGAAACUCCGAGCCGGAGCCGUUCAACUUUGCUUAUGAAGUCAAGGACGCCCCGACCUACACCGACUUCAAACACCAGGCCAACAGCGACGGCAAGAGGGUAACCGGCGAGUACAGCGUUCUGCUACCGGACGGCCGUAACCAACGAGUGACUUACGUGGCCGACGAAAACGGAUACAACGCCCAAGUCAACUACGAAGGUGAAGCCAAGCCCCAGCCCAGUGGUCCCGCCCCGGGAGCACAAGGACGGUAUCCCGCUCCGGCUUCGGGAUCCCAGGGAGCAUAUCCCGCGGCAUCCGGACCCCAGCCGGGUUACGCUUCACCCGCGACACAACAAGGAGGUUACAGCGCCCAAGGAAGUUACCAGGCCGCUUCCGGCGUGAAAGGAUACUCGGGUUCCAUUCCGUCUCAGAGCAGCUACCCCGCGCCGUCACCGAGCAGCUACCCCGCACCGUCUCCGAGCAGCUACCCGUCGGCUCAGGGAGGUUACUCCGCACCCUCUGGCUACCCUUCGCCGGUAAAGGCAUCGUACGCCGCUCCCCAAGGAAACAACGGAGGAUACUAAUAGUCUACCGUUUGUCAAACGCUAUUUAACUCGCCAUAUAACCGUAAUAAAACAUAAGAGCUGUCAAAGCAGCUCAAUAGCUGUUAAAGACCAAAUCGAUCCGACUUAGGAUUGUUUGGCAGCAAAAAUCCUAGGUCAGGUUUAUUACUGCCUAAAACAAAAUCGUCUACCUACAUCCUUAUCCCGUAUACUUGUGUACACCGGUGACCAUCUCCCUGAUAAUGUAAAUUAUUAACCACUUUCAUAUUAACUGAGUUUGUAUCUAUAAAUAUAUAUAUAUUAUAUUUUACUGUAAAUCAUUUUUUAUUAUCUAAUAAAAAUUGUUUUUAUUUUCUACA